UGAACGAACCCGCAAUCUCUCCGUUUCGGACCAAACGUCUCCCCACCGGCGCGGCGACGGGCAGAGCAUUUUCUUCCCUCCGCCUUUUCACGACGGCAGCCAUGGCUUCUCGACCUUCCAGAGUUCUGGGCAGUUUCGGGUACGACUUGCUACUCGGAUCGAUCGCUGCGUUUUACGUGUUCAUGGUGCCUUAUACUAAGGUUGAAGAAAGCUUUAAUGUUCAGGCGAUGCAUGAUAUUCUUUACCAUCGGCAUCACCUGGACAAGUAUGAUCACCUGGAUUUCCCUGGAGUUGUUCCCCGUACUUUCCUCGGUGCAAUCUUGGUAUCAACUUUGGCAACACCAGUUGUAUUGAUAACGAGCUUGCUGCACUUGCCAAAGAUGUAUAGUCUUUAUGCAGCUCGAUUGGUGUUGGGUAGCAUCAUACUGUUGACACUAAGGUUUUGCAGAAUUCAGGUUAGACAUAAAUUUGGAUGUCAAGUAGAAGCCUUCUUUGUAAUCUUAAGUGCAGUUCAGUUUCACUUGCUGUUCUAUUGCACCCGUCCUCUUCCUAACAUACUUGCACUUGGUCUAGUUAAUAUUGCGUAUGCUUAUUGGAUUAGAGGCAGCUUUUAUGCAACGUUGAACUGUCUGGUUUUUGCAACCCUGGUCUUUCGAUGUGAUGUUCUGCUACUGUUGUGUCCUAUAGGCCUCGAACUUCUUUUGACCAGAUCAAUUUCAUUACUUAAAGCUUGUAAAUGGUGCAUUCCAAUGGCCCUUCUGUGUGUAGGUCUUACAACAUUCGUGGAUUCAUUCAUGUGGAAGAAACUCAUGUGGCCUGAAUUUGAAGUUUUUUGGUUUAACUCAAUUCUCAACCGAAGCUCUGAAUGGGGUACAUACCCAUUUCAUUGGUACUUGACUUCGGCACUACCCCGCGCACUGCUUGCUGCAUAUCCUCUUUCUCUGCUUGGUGUCUUACUUGAUAGGAGAAUGCUUUUUUAUAUCAUCCCCUUGUAUUCUUUUGUCCUCCUCUACUCUAAGCUUCCACACAAGGAGCUCCGGUUCAUUAUUGCUUCAGUUCCAAUUUUCAACUUAUCGGCCGCAGUUGCAGCAAGCAGGAUCUAUAACAACAAGAAGAAACGUCUCUGGAAUUUGCUCUAUCUCAUUAUGGUGGGAUCAAUAAUUGUCAGUCUAGGGUGCACGGUUGUCACUUUCUUGGCAUCUUAUGAGAACUAUCCCAGUGGCUACGCUUUAAAAUACUUACAUAGGAGUAGCCAGCCCAAGGAUAAUGUGAAAGAGCAGUGGGUUCACAUAGACUCCUUUUCAGCCAUGAGUGGAAUAUCUCGUUUCUGUGAAGAUGACUUUCCGUGGAGGUACUCUAAAGAAGAAGGGAUUCCCUUGCAAGACUUCCAGCUCAGAAAUUUCACGUAUCUUAUCAGUGAGCAUACUACUGUCGAUGGAUUCAAGUGUCUAUUCUACGUUAAAGGCUUCUCAAGGAUCCGUCUUCAAAUUGCUCUCCCUCUAGUUAUGCUGGUCACGGAACCCAAAGUAUAUGUCCAUGGAAAUUUGAAAGACUGGGAUCAAAUAGAUAAAAAUUGGCCUGGAUGCUUGUGAUUUUCAAUUCUGCUAUCUAUGAGUUUUCUCUGUGGCUCUUAGCAUGACGGAAAAAAAAAAUAUCCUUAGUGGACAUAUGCUGUAGCCUGCCCAGGAGGUUGUACUCUUGGAAGCCUCGCCCGAUUUCCAAGGAUACGCUAAUUGAGAAGGGCUAAUUUCUUGCUUGAGAUAGAAAUUUUUCUGGAGUCAAAAGAAGCAUUAAGCAUUGGAACUACUUCGGUCAAAAGAAUGCACCAGCAGCAUCUGGUUUGUUUCGAGGUAAAUUGUUGGGGUGUCAUGUAGUAUAGAUUUUCUUUUCUCGAACAUGUACUAUGAUCUGGUGGGAGUUAAUAAUUUACUGUUGUGGAACUUUCUAAUUAUGACUACCUGAGGAAAUGAAGAAUACAAUAUGUGGAUGGGUAAUCUUACGUCUAAUUUAAUGGCAGAGAUGUGCACCGGCUAUGCCUAUUUUCGGGCAGAAUGAAGCCAUUUUUCCCCUGUUACCCGAUCUGUUUUCUGGUGUGAAAGAUUAAUCUCUUGUAAUUAGCCCAUUAUAUCUCCAACUUUUUGCCAUUUUCACACGUAGAUCUCCCUCAAGAAACAUUAUACUGACCGUGGCGUAGGCCUUAAUAUGCUCAUGGAAGUUCCGAUUUGUCAUUACUCAAAACAUAUUAUAAGGUGGAUUUCCUGUACCUAUUUAGUCCUACUAGUCUUCUGGCUGUUUAACCAUAAUCAUUGAAACACUACAUUUGAUGUUUCAUCUUCAUUGUAGCUCCACUUCUUUCUUGGCCUACGGCAAAUAUUUUUCUAUUUGAUUCACUCAGGCAUGCAUGCGCUAGUGCUUGAUACUACAGACUGAACUUAGAACACCUGGACUAUAGAAUUUUUCUUUUCCUAUUCACCUUCUAAAUUGUGAAUACAAGGAACCUCGGGCGUGAUUUGGCGAUAUAUUCUUGCUUUAGAAUAGUUAAGUUCCGUCAAUACGACUGCUCAGUGAAUCAAUCUUCAGAUAUGGUAAGGGCAACAACACAGGAAGAGACGAUUGAAUCACAAUGUUAGUAAGUUGGGAAAAGAAAGCAAGACUGGAAAUAUCACGGCAUAAGAUGCGGCGUCUCGGCCCUGCUUAAUGUCAGAACAUCGAUCGAGCCAUUGGCGCGUUGAGACUUUUCUGAAUUCGAGUUGAUGCUGAGUUAAACGCCCGAAGCGCGUUGAGACUUUUCUGAUCCUGAGAGGUUUACUAGGGGCUUGACGAAAAGUGGAGUCGUCUCUCGUCGGAACUUUUUGGGCCUCUUUUCCUGGCCAAUAUCAUAUAGAAUGUCCUUGUCAUGACCUUAGCUCGUCCACUCUUAUCCAAUGCCGUGCCUGACCUGCUGACUGCUCCAUAGACUCUUGACCAAGUCCAGUACACACGCACCAUAUAUUCAUCACCAUCCUCACACAUCUCUCUCACAUCUUCAUAUCAUCCCACAGAUCAAAACAUGUCCAACCUUGGAGUAACCCAAAGGCCAUCCUCCAUCUCUUCAUCAACUCCCCCAAUGGAAACUCCCCACGAGCCGAAACUGAAAUCCCUGAACAACAUCAAGCUCGCGUUCCCGCUCGGCCUCCCGGCCACCCCGGAAGCCGCGGCUGCCCGGAUCAUCAAGAACCUCUCCCACCUCGGCCUGUUCUACACGCUCGUUCUGUGGGUCGGGUUGUCCAUAAGCCUCGUGCCAGAGCGCAGGUUCUCGCUGCUGCUGCUGAUGGCCACGACCAUUAUCGCCAACCAGUACCUCAUCAUGCUACGACUGAUGCCAAACUCCAUUUGCAUAAACAAGGCUGUCGACAAGAUGCUCGUCCUGGUGCCCGUGGCGAUUGUUACCAUCGUGGGGCUCAUUCUGACGAAGGCCGCGAUCCACCUUGUCGCGACUCUAGGGAUCGGAAUACCGGUCAUUUUGGUUCACGCGGUGCUUUGGAGGGACUGCGGGUUCGUAAACGAGGAAGCUUCUGCUUCUGCUCCCAGUGAAUUGGCUCCUCUAGUAGAUACUGUUUAAUCGGUUUAAUUGACGCCGCGACGAUUCUGGAGCCGUCCGCGCGAUGGAUUAAGAGGAAAUCAAGACCCCCUACAGGCAACAAAGAUUAGCUAGCAUAAUCUACCUACUUUCUUUUUCACUUCCUGUUUAGACUUCCUUUCUACGAUUCUAUCAUGGCUUAGUCUUCACAUGUUUUCGAUCAUUGGGCCAGAGAGUUCUGAUCUCAGAAAAGUGAAUAAGAAGAUGUUCCCUUCACUGGUUCUCCUUCAAA